GGAUGAUGGGCCGCCCGGUGCUUGUGUUGAGCCAGAACAUAAAAAGGGAGUCUGGGAGGAAGGUCCAGAGUGGGAACAUCAAUGCUGCAAAGACUAUUGCAGACAUCAUUCGCACAUGCCUUGGGCCCAGGGCUAUGAUGAAGAUGCUGCUGGAUCCCAUGGGUGGAAUUGUAAUGACCAACGACGGCAAUGCAAUUCUUAGAGAGAUCCAGGUGCAGCACCCAGCUGCCAAGUCUAUGAUAGAAAUCAGCCGCACCCAAGACGAGGAGGUUGGCGAUGGGACCACUUCUGUUAUCAUUCUGGCUGGAGAGAUGUUGUCGGUUGCGGAACAGUUCUUGGAGCAGCAGAUGCACCCUACUGUGGUUAUCAGCGCCUAUCGGAAAGCCCUGGACGACAUGGUCAGCACCCUGAAGGAGAUCAGCACCCCAGUCGAUACAAAUGACCGCGAGCUGAUGCUGAAGAUCAUUAACAGUGCGGUCAAUACCAAGGCGAUCAAGCGCUGGGCGGAUAUGGCCUGUGGCAUCGCUCUGGACGCCGUAAAAACCGUCGAAUUGGAGGAGAACGGCCGAAAGGAGAUCGACAUCAAGAAAUACGCCAAAGUGGAGAAGAUUCCCGGGGGGAUUAUUGAAGACUCCUGUGUUCUACGGGGCGUCAUGGUCAACAAGGACGUCACUCACCCCAAGAUGCGGCGCUUGAUCAAGAACCCUCGUAUCGUUCUCCUGGAUUGCUCCUUGGAGUACAAGAAGGGGGAGAGCCAGACAGAGAUUGAGAUCACGCGCGAGGAGGACUUCGCCCGCAUUCUGCAGAUGGAGGAGGAGUACAUCCAGCAGGUCUGCGAGGACAUCAUCCGACUCAAGCCCGACGUUGUCAUCACUGAGAAGGGCAUCUCCGAUCUGGCUCAGCAUUACCUGGUGAAGGCCAACAUCACGGCCAUACGCAGAGUCCGCAAAACUGACAACAACAGAAUAGCAAGAGCCUGUGGCGCUCGCAUAGGCAGCCGCACAGACGAGCUGCGCGAAGAAGACGUCGGAACUGGCGCCGGGCUCUUCGAAAUCAAGAAGAUCGGAGAUGAGUAUUUCACCUUCAUCACCGAGUGCAAGGACCCCAAAGCCUGCACCAUUGUCCUGCGCGGAGCCAGCAAAGAGAUCCUGGCAGAGGUAGAGCGUAACCUGCAGGAUGCCAUGCAAGUCUGUCGCAACGUGGUCAUCGACCCUCACCUGGUGCCGGGGGGUGGAGCUGCCGAGAUGAGCGUGGCUCAUAUCCUCACUGAGAAAUCCAAGACCAUGACGGGGGUGGAGCAAUGGCCGUACCGCGCAGUGGCCCAGGCCCUCGAGGUCAUACCCAGGACUCUCGUACAGAACUGCGGCGCCAGCACCAUCCGUGUACUCACGUCUCUGAGGGCCAAACACACACAGGAAGGCUGCCAGACCUGGGGAGUGGAUGGGGAGGCCGGAGUUCUGGUCGACAUGAAGGAAUUGGGCAUCUGGGAGCCGCUGGCUGUCAAGCUGCAAACCUACAAAACUGCAGUGGAGACGGCCAUUCUGCUGCUCCGCAUUGACGACAUCGUAUCGGGCCACAAGAGAAAGGGAGAAGACCACGGCAGGCAGCCGGCAGCCCCCGGCCCACAGGCCCCCCCAGAAGCAGAAUGAGGAGGGAGAGUAAAGGACGGAACGGCGCCGGCGUCCCACCGAAGCACUUGAACAGCUUUAUUUUAUUUUUUUCAUUAAAGCUGUUGUCUCCGCCCACCGCCUCUGUAUCCGCAUCCUGGCAGGGCGGAAACGUUCUAUUUAUUACGGUGUGGGAGGAGCCUGACGGGAGGCUUAGGGGAGAUUGUAAGAGAAACAUCUAUGUAACGAUUCGCUACCGACAAUAAAACUUCGUUUGGAUUCCA